ACAUUUGAUUUUGACCCUGGCAACCCUGCGUAGUAGGUUACUUUACCUGUGUGCAGGUAGCCAACGUCGCAUCGGAAUAAGAGCUCUCGACUCCUUGUUUGCUUGCGUAGUUAGGAUAAAUCUAUGUGUUCGGAUUUAGACUAUAUGUAAGGUUGUCGUCCAUAAUUUUGUUUAUCCGUUGAAACAUUCCCGGGGAGUUCCAGAUGGAAUGAUAACUGGAACGUGUACUUUCACUUUUACUUACUAGCAUACAGAAGUGUAAAACUCGGACCGAAGGAAAUGGCAGUCAGCUUUUUUGGGAAAGUUAUCAUACCGUUUUUGGCUUAUUUUCUCGUGGAGGUGACAGGUGAACAGCAGUAUGGUGGCCUGGGAGGAGAGAUCACCCUGACCCCCAAGGUCUCAGGACAGCCUCAGGACAUCUUGUGGAAACACAAUGGGAACAAGGUGGUGGAGUUUGAUGGGAGUCAGAAUGUGGAGUAUGGCAGGUAUAAAGGCAGGACCAUCCUGGACUGGGGCUCUGGAGCGCUAACUGUCAAAGGUCUCACUGAUGCAGACAGUGGGCCCUAUGAGUUAGAGGCUGUCGUCAAGGGCAAGCUGCAGUACUCUCAACAUGAGGUGGACGUUAUUGAUAAUGUGGCACAGCCCAGCGUAACCUGUGUGGUCGACAACACAACCCCAGAGAACAUGGACAGAACCCUGCUGUGCUCAGCUGACCUCCAGCCCCUGACCCAGUUCAUCUGGAGGAUUCCUGAGGGGUCAGAGAGUCCUGGACCUGAACUGUUCAUACCUGGGGGGGAGAACCAGGAUUCUGAGAACCAGGAGUCUGUCUACACAUGUGUGGUGAAAAACCCUGUUAGUGAGAGAACUGCAGAGUUCACCCUGAAGGAUUGCUACACUGAGGAAGGCUCAUCCAGUGUCCUGGCUGUGGUCCUGUCCAUCCUCCUUCUCCUCGUCUUAGUUGCCGUUCUGGCAUUUCUCUUGUGGUACUGGAAGAAAGGCAAGAAACCGGCUGAAGCUGCACUGAGAACAUCUGAAGAGGAGGCGGGACUGAUGGAAGUUACAGUACAAGGAAACAAAGAUUCUGAGGAUGACCAUUCUGAGAACACUGGAAAUAGAACUUCUACACCAAAAGUGACAGACACAGAGCCUGUACAGGACAAGCCCAACCCGGCCCAACCAAAACUAGUCACACCAGACCCCACCCAGGCCCAACAAGGCCUAGUCACACCAGACCCCACCCAGGCCCAACAAGACCCAGUCACACCAGACCACACCCCGGCCCAACAAGACCCAGUCACCCCAGACCACACCCCGGCCCAACAAGACCUAGUCACACCAGACCACACCCCGGCCCAACAAGACCUAGUCACCCCAGACCACACCCCGGCCCAACAAGACCUAGUCACCCCAGACCACACCCCGGCCCAACAAGACCUAGUCACCCCAGACCACACCCAGGAGAGUGAAGACAAAAAAAGGAUGUGGAAGAAAACGGGAAAGUGCAAAGAGGAAGUAAUAAAGAGACAGAGAGAGGAGAAAGACAAGAGGAGAAAAGAAAACAGAGAUGAGAAAGUGGACCACAAUAGAUGUAUGGGUGCAAACACAGAGGAUGAGGGGGGAAAUGAAGGAGAGAUGAAGGAGGAAGGGAUAGAACAGAAGGAACCAGACACAGAGAAAGAAGGAGAUGAUACCAACCAAACAUCCACCCAGAGCGGUGAGGAGAUGGAUGAGACACCCAUCACAGACCCCAAUGAGCAGCACAUUACCCAGACUACACUACAGGGGCAGCCCAGGGACUCCACAGGAUCCAUAGAGAACCAAGAAGAGAUGGAACAUGAGACAUCCACCCCAGACCCCAUUGAGCAGCACAUUACCCAGACUACACUACAGGGGCAGUCCAGGGACUCCACAGGAUCCAUAGAGAACCAAGAAGAGAUGGAACAUGAGACAUCCACCCCAGACCCCAUUGAGCAGCACAUUACCCAGACUACACUACAGGGAAACAAAGAUCCCGAGGAUGACCAUUCUGAGAACACUGGAAAUAGAACUUCUACACCAAAAGGAAUGGUGAAAGAGGGGAUAGAGUUUAGCAAGCAGGAUGCAGAUGCAAACAGGAAACAGCACACUGCACCAGCUGGAAGAUGUUUCUCUCCAACAAAACGUGGGGGUCACAGCCUUCUGUACAGACAGAAUGACAGUCUCUCAGACAAACAGACAGUGACAGACACAGAGCCUGUACAGGACAAGCCCAACCCGGCCCAACCAAAACUAGUCACACCAGACCCCACCCAGGCCCAACAAGGCCUAGUCACACCAGACCCCACCCAGGCCCAACAAGACCUAGUCACACCAGACCCCACCCAGGCCCAACAAGACCUAGUCACACCAGACCACACCCAGGCCCAACAAGACCUAGUCACACCAGACCACACCCCGGCCCAACAAGACCUAGUCACCCCAGACCACACCCAGGAGAGUGAAGACAAAAUAAGGAUGUGGAAGAAAACGGGAAAGUGCAAAGAGGAAGUAAUAAAGAGACAAAGAGAGGAGAAAGACAAGAGGAGAAAAGAAAACAGAGAUGAGAAAGUGGACCACAAUAGAUGUAUGGGUGCAAACACAGAGGAUGAGGGGGGAAAUGAAGGAGAGAUGAAGGAGGAAGGGAUAGAGCAGAAGGAACCAGACACAGAGAAAGAAGGAGAUGAUACCAACCAAACAUCCACCCAGAGUGAUGAGGAGCUGGAUGAGACACCCAUCACAGACCCCAAUGAGCAGCAUAUUACCCAGACUACACUACAGGGGCAGUCCAGGGACUCCACAGGAUCCAUAGAGAACCAAGAAGAGAUGGAACAUUAGACAUCCACCCCAGACCCCAUUGAGCAGCACAUUACUCAGACUACACUACAGGGGCAGUGCAGUGACACACAAUAAUCCCUAAUGGAAAAAAGUUUGGAUAACAGGUCUUUACCUUAUUUUCUACUGGAGUUAAAAGUGAUGUCCUCAUACUGUUAGAAGAAAGACUGUAGUGAAGAAAAUGCUUGACGCUACAUAUUUAUGGAUUGACUUUCACAGGGAAAAGAAAAGUGAAUGAAGUGCUCAGUGUAAUAGAAGCAUUGGAAUUUCUUGAUUGUGGUUUCAUAGUUUAAAUACAGCAUUUUCCUCUAAAAUUACGUUUCAGUUCUACAUACCUGUGGUAGCUAACAUAAUACAUAACAUACUACAAGUUAAUACACUAUUUGUUAUUUUAUCUACAUGGGUUGAUGGGUUGUCAUAGGUCCUCAGUGAUCAGUGUAAAUAAAUACAUGUUAACAGAAUGAUGUGAAUAAAUGACUGUAACCAGACC